AUGGGUGCUGAGAUGCUAAAACGUUUGCACGAUAAAAAUUCAUUAAAAGAACGAAUUAUACAGUACGAUCUAGCUAAAAACUCAAAAUGGAAAAGUUAUGAUGCUACUGAUUGUGACUUUCCAGAACUAUCAGAAGACCAGUUAAGAGAUUUAACUUUUGGUAUUUUCCAAUUACGUCAAGCAAAAAGUUAUGUUGCCGAACAUCUCGAAAAAGAAAAAAGUUCUUCAGCCAGUCCCGGCGCAAAAAACUUUUUUGUAGAAUUAUGCGAUGAACAACCAGACAUUGUUCGAGUGAAAUAUCAAUCCCGAUUUACGAAUGCAAAAACACGUAUUUCGUACAUACAAUUUGAUGAAAACAAGAAGCAACCGAUCGUAUGUUGUUAUUGUACGUGCAGUGCAGGUAGUCGUACAAUUGGUUGUUGCUCCCAUUCUGCAGCGACACUAUGGUAUCUGGGCUAUCAAAGACAUUUAAUAACCCCAUCAUAUGUACAAACUUCCGAAAAAUAUUUUGACCAUGUCGAAGCCAGUCAGAAAUACUCAGCCUACAGCAGUAGUUCUGAAGAAGAUAUGAAAUACACACUUGGACAUAGAACAGACAGUGAUGGAAGCGAUAUUAGUCAAUAG